GAACUUUACAGUGAAAGUUAACUCAAAGCAAAUGAUUCAAUGCUAAGUGAUGUUUGCAAUAUUGAAAUGAAAAAAUAGAAAAGGAAGUAGAGCCAGCCUGAGGCGGGCAAAAUGCUCUUAAGCCUAUUUCUAAAAACGCUAAGGUAGGGACAUGGGUGACGGAAACAACAACCCUUCAGGUUCCAUUCGGGAAGUUUUGUCUCAAUGGAGCAGUAAUAGCCGGGCUAGUCUCCAUGAACGUUUUAUUCGCUACUAAUAGAUGGAAGCUAGUUUUACAUCCAUUCAGAUCCUUGCACCUUGGAAGGAUAUAGAUUUCUGGCCAGUGCAAGUGUUUUUCUUUGGUUUAAUAGAUCGGCAGUUGCGCCAAUUUUUAUCUAAGUCACAUACAGAAAUUUUCGUAACUUGGUUAGAAAAUGAACCUAGCAGAAGACCUGACAAUGCUGUAUAUGAAAUAGUAGCUGUCUCACUUUUAAUCGUAUCAAGAACUAAACGCUAAUUUGCUUCUUGAUCAAGUUAUUGUUGAAUGGACCAUAGCUGCUUUUGCUGACGGUUCUUUUGCAGCUCUGUUUAUUAUCUGGGAAAUACAAACUAUUUCCGUGUGAUUUUACUGUUAAGAAAACAGAUAUCGAUUCAGGAUAAUUUAUUAUGCGGUCAAGCGGUUAAGGGUUAAGCGGUUGAGCGGUUAGGUGGUUAGCAGUUGAACCUUAAGUGAAGGCAUACUUAAAUUCUUCUAUGGAACGUUUUGUUUUUUUUCCUGCAACUUGGGUAUCCGGUAGCUCAACGAUCAAGCAGUCUUUCAUUUAACCUGUUAACUGGUUGGUAGAAUUCCAUGUGUCAGUAUGAGAAUUCCAUGUGUCAGUCAGAAAAGAGACAGCGGGGUCCAGUUACCUAUUGUUAGAGUUUAACCAACAAAAAGGACACGCAUUUAGUUCUAGAAAAUUUUAAUCUCAAAUCCAUUGUAACUGCCAGAUAUAACCACAAAUUUAGAGCUCUCCUUGAGUUUUUUCAUCCUUUAGGUGAUAACGGACGUAAAAAAGAACCGUCUGUUCCAGCCUUAAGAGCUUGGCGAGCUUCGUGUGCUUCAAAAGUUCCUUCCCUUGUUGAUCAAACUAGUCUAUCCUGGAUUAUUUUUAGUCGUCAUCUACUUAAAGGCGUUCUGGUAUCCGCAUUUCUCUGGCGAUGCGUAUAAUUUGCUGCGUGUUUUCGUAGUUUGGCCAAUGAUCUUGGAUUUAGCGAUGCCUCAAGAAUGCCUGGACUCCUUCUUGUCGAUGCCUCUUCGCCUGCAGUGGCUGCAAAAACAGCAUUUACCGAUGCCACUGUUACUUGUCUUUCUAAGUGUCGGAGCUUCCUGUCCUUGAGCGUGUUUUCAAACUCGACAAGCCGCACUUUUUCUCUUUCCAUCGAGUUGAGUAUUUUGAGCAAUUUCGUUUCUUUUUCUGCCGUUCUGGCCUUCUCGUGUUUAGUUUCAAGCUCUUUCUGUAGCUUCUGAUUUUCUUCUACCAGUUCUUCCACCCUCGAUUCUUUAUUACGCAGGCAGACUUUUAGGGCUGAGGCCUCUUUUUGGAGAGCUAUAACCUCUAACUGGACAGCUUGCACCCUUCUUUGCGCGGCAAUAGGCCAUCGCCAUGUUUCGAGCAGUAAUCUUUUUGCAUCUCUUUGCAUCUCUUUAAUUUUUGUUUCUGUGUCUGGUUUAUGUUAGAAAGGCCUAGUUGUUCAGUACGGACUGUAAUAUUUUUGCUCAUCCUCGCAUCCAGUUAUCAUUAAACGAUUUAAUCUGCUGCAAGACUAUCUGUACAGUUACUCUGCAUCAAAACAAGCAUUGAAUCUCAAAUUUGAUUUGAUUUUUUGUUGUCCAUGGAGCCAAAUCAGUAUUCAAAGCGAAAAUUCCCACCAGGACAAUUUUUGGUUUUAUAGCCAUAGUAAACUCAUGUUAAUUGCCCACAGGGAUACAGCCAACAGAGAAAUCCAGCAAUAUCGUACGAGCUCUUGUACAAUGUAAAACACUUAAAUUUCAAGUGAAAAAUAGGAAUGACGUGAAAAGGACAACGAUUUUCUCGCAUAAAUACGCUGUCCGUGGCGAAUUUCAAUCGUAGAUGAUGAAAAAUUAAUAAGACUAAGAAGUUGAAAGAACUGAAAAGUUUGGACGUAAGCUUAGUGUAAAUCAUAACUAGCAAAAUUAUUCAAUUUUCAAAACUUCUAAAUGGAUCUAGGGUUGUAAAAACAUAGUGUAAGAGGAAGUAUAUCCGCAUGUAACUAUUCAGCUACGAUGAAAUAUAUCAUCACCAUUUUAUACUGUAUCAUAGAUAGAAGUUUAGUACGAUGCAAGAUGGCAUGAUAAUCAAUCCUUGAAUUUUUUGCAUCCUAUAUAGUUUGCAUCCUUAAAUCUUUUUAUCAAAAUCAUUUUUAUCUCUCAUUAAGGUAUAGCAAUCAAAUUCAACUAAGUAUUAGGAAUUUUCUUCAUUCUCUUUUUUCUUUGUCAUAUCCAUCCCCCUUAAUCUUUUUGCAUUCUUUUAUUCGAUCAUUCCAUUUCUAAUGUUCAGUUCAGGAAGUCAAUUUCAGUUCAUGUCAAAAGGGGCCAUUCGAUCCGGGGCCCCUGCAAAAGGUAGCUACCCUUUUUCCUAUUUUGCAGCAAUAAGAUCUGUGUCUAAACGUGCUUCGGUGUGAAAAUGCAGUCCUACUCGCACUAUUGCAGAGAGCCCAAAUUCAUGAAGGAAGCUAAGCUUGAGUACUGGAAGUGCCAAGAAUUGUGUAAACAAUAAAACCACGGCACUGCUGCGCACUUUUGAGAAAGAGAGAAAACUUGCGAGUAAUUCAAUGCAGGUAUCACAAGAACAUACCGUAAAAAAACAUGUUGUUUGAUGUUUUUAGAAUACCCUAUGCACACCUAAUUUUCGACUUAUAGAUUGAAUACUGUCUUUAAAUGCACUAUGUCCGUACGAAUUUCGAUAACGAUUUUGAUUCCCAAUUGUUUGACUAUUCAAUUGACUAUUUUCAUGUUUUCCGAUCGGCAAGCUGGAUUUUUCUCGACGUUUUCUCGAUAAUUUUUUAUUCAAAUGGUAUUGUGACCAAGAUAGCCCAUUACCUUAUAAUAAUAUUGUAUCAGCGUCUGUUUUGUAAAACAUUGAAAGCAUAACACUGCGUAUCUAAGACACAAUAGCAAUCAGAUAAAUGAUCUUACUAGGUUCACAAAUUUUGAAAUCUAGAAAUAUAAUUAUUGGCAAAGAUCUAACAGCGUAUAAAGAAAUAAUAAACAACUAUUUAAUGAACGUAUAUCAUCGACUAUUCAUGCAAAAGUUUUUCUCUUGACUCGACAAAACGAAUAAGUGUUUGGUAUGGUCUGGAACAAUCAUCUUUUUAAGAAGACUUCCUGUAGAAAAGGACGUUAUUUUAAGGCCAAAUGUAAAUCUGUAGUCACCAUCCUUGUAAAUCUGUAGUCAUAUAAAAUUGUAGUCACUAUCCUUGGUCGUCAUAUUGAAUUUUAACCAAACCUUCUCGUUGCCCAGUUUCCGAUACCAUCUAAACAAUUUCGUUCUGCCCUCUUCUCUACAGUUUAAUAUUGUGCUUCGAAGUUAAAAGAAAGGCAACGAGGUCUUCCUCAUUGCCUUAGUAGUUAAGCUUUUUGUAGAAAGAUCUUCCUUUCUUCUUGAUUCAUGAUUUAAACCUGUCUCUAUUUGAGACGCUUCUGCAAGUAUUGGCAAAUCACCAGGGCACUUGCUCGAUAGCCUUAUAGGGAUUGAUGACGUUUGGUUGCUACUUCUCUGGUUACCAGGCCUCUCUGCACCUUUCAGCCUUAGUUCAAGCUCUUUUAUCGCGUAGGCCUUUUGACCGUUCUCAUAAAGGUUCAAUUUGUAUCGUUCUUUCAAGACUUGAUGCUUUCUUUGUAUUGUAUCUAUUUGCUCUUUCAACAAUUUAUUCAUCUUCUUCGUCAUCUCAAACUCCAUUGAUAAAUACGCAUGAUCUUCUUCAUACUUUUUAAUGACGCCAUUUUUAUCCAUUAUUUUUUCUUUCAGAAACCCGACUUCUCGUUUUAGAUACACCACACUUGUGUUCGCCAUAGUUAGAUCCUUCUGUAAUUUUUUCAAUUGCCCAGUUUGACAAGCUAAUUGCCGGUCCUUCUUGUGAAAUGUUUCACAGAUAACACUGUAUUUGUCCAUAUUAUCUGCCGUUUGUUGCCUCAAGUGGCGCUUUUGUAACUGCUGUUUGUUGCCUUGAAGCCUAAAUUCUUCAUGGAUUUCAUUAGGCCAACCUGAUUCCAUUUCGGUUUUGAGUUUCUUGUGCUGUUUUUUACACUCUUGCCUGCCUGUCAUUUUAUCAGCAACGCUAACCGUCUCCACAUGAACAACCUGGGUUAUGAUUGUCAAGCUACCGAUGUUUCCCUGCUACACUCUUUUAGAUCACAUUAACCGAGAUCACAGUGCCACGAUAACAAACAUUGUCUAUGGUUAAUAAACAUUGUUGAGCAAUUACCUUGUCUUUUUUGUGGUCUUUCUUUCAAGGUUGAAUAUGAUUUCUUUCAACCUUAGACUAUUAACGCUUGUUGGUACAAGCUAGGCUCUAAUAGCCCCUGCAGGUACGUUGACGCUAUCCUGGGACGUAGUUUUAAAUCGAAUCGUAAAUGGAGGCUUACCAGUCACUGAAAAACCAGAAAGAUAGGCCAAAACUGCCCCUCAAAGAGAACAGCCUCCAUCGGUCAACAUCGUUUAGACAACCCAGAUUGUGCAAAACUCUAUAAUGACGACAUGUUUCGGAUAAUUGGCAGAGCCUGGUCGUCUUUCCAUCUAGCAGUUUUGGAGUCGAUGUACAUAAAAACGAAAAAGCCGCCAUUGUGUAGACAGAAGGAGUUUGUUAUCUUUCUUGGACUCCAUUGGUAAUUUUUCUUUAGGCUCGCAGCACUGAUUGGUCAACUAUACCAGUCUUGUGCUUGCGUUUUUCUGAUUGGCCUAUUUCGAUCAACAACUGGGUAUAUAUUUUCCAUCGUGUUCUUUCAGAACCUUAUUCUGACGUUUUAUGCUCUGAGGAGUGUCAAACGAAAAAGCUUUUAGUAUGUCGUAAAAUGUUUGCUUUUUUCAAAGCCAUUUUCAAAUUCUGUACCGCAAAAAAAUUGUUCAAAGAUAGGCCAAUAAAGCAAGCUAAAAGGAGAAAGCAAUAUCUGAUGAACUGAAGUGAUUUCCGCCAUUUUAUGCAGUAUUUAUGGAAAAUGUGCCCCCCCUUAACAGUAAAAAAAUUGAUGAGCCCCCAGGUGCUCUUUAGAGGAUUCACUGUAUACACGAUUACGAUUGGCUUAUCCAUAAUUUCAAUGACAAUGUAACUUUUCAUGUGCGAUGAUUAUCCAAAAGAUUUUGCUUCGCGAAUUAAGAAUGUCUUUCUCCUGUUAUUCUUCCACGGCAAUGCUUUGUUGUUAAAUGCAUAGUCUCUCAUGUUUUUAUUGACUGUAACGCGAAAACUAGCCUAUUAUUCUUGUGGAAUAAUCCAAGUAUCGGGUGAAAGCGGACAUUUCUAGCUUAAGGUACCGACGUAACCUCUAGAGUGAAGAAGCAGCACUUGUGCUAAAUGAGACAAUGAACGUGUUAACUCUACUUCUAUAGAACGACAAUCGGCUCAUUUUGUAGUGGCCUCAAAAAAUGUUCGGUACCUUUUAGCCAUCAAACCGGUAUCCUUUAUGAAAGACCAAGGAGAGCUACAGUUAGGGUCAGAAAGUUGCAUUUUUGUUCAUUCUGCUUUCCAGCUGCCAUCAUGAAAGGAUCUAAUUUUCACUUGCCAAGAAUUGAUUACGAGAGUAAAUUACAAUUCGUUAGUUUUCGAGAAAUGGAGGAAGCCUCUGAACGUCAAAAGAAAACCUUACGAAAGAUGCAUUACGAUAAAAUUAAUGCGAUGAGCGAAAUUGAAGUCUUGAAAAUGAGGGUUCGAGGAGCAGAUCAAGUCGUAAGGAACUAUCGUAAGCAAAUCGAAAACAUGUUUGCAGAAAUAGAACACUCGGAGGAGAAACAUCAACAGGAAAUGAAGAUCCUCAAGGAAAGUCACAGGCUGCUUGAGAAGCGAGCAACAGAAUUAUUGAAAGAUAACAGGACUCUAAAAGAAAUGAUGUUUAGUUUAAAAACGGAAAACGAGUUACUGAAAGGACGAGCAAUGUUGACGCAGAGUGUUGUGCAGAAAAUAAGCAGGGAGGAGAAAACGACAACACGAGGCGUAACAAGUGCAAGAAAACUUCGACGAUGCAAUUCAAGAAGUUCGAUGCUAACAGAUGUAGCAGAACAAUGAUUGCUCUGUUUGAUGCUUUUUCUUGAAAGUUUACAAACGGUUACAUUAUAAUAAUAUAUUGAUCGGUUGAUAAUGUAGUAAACUAUUAGAAAUAUGUAUUGGCACAGAUGCGUUCAGACAUCCAGAGACAAGAUCAUAAGGGGUCGAGAGGGAACUCGACAGAUACCCACUGCACCUAAGAAAUGUUUUCUUCACUGCAAAAUUAUUCAAUAAAAAGAUUGCUUUUUACUUAUUCAAUACGAAGUCAAAAGUGUUUCCACAAUGGGAGUGCAAAAGUCCAAAUUGAAAAUGAGCACUUAUUCCUUCCAUAGCAUUGUCCCUGGAAUGUUGUGAUCUGAAAUGGUGUAACUACAAAAUUGAUGGGUAUGUUAUUUGACAAAAAUGAGCAUUUGAAUUGCGAAAUUCGAGAUUGCGAGAAAUUUUCCAAGUUCCUUUUUAUUUCUCGACUGAUUCAAAGAGUUUCUAAAAUUUUGAGGAGGGGAGGGGGAGAAUUUCCUUGUGCUUGACAACAAAACAGAUUUUAAAAAGACAAAAGACAAAAGUUUUUAUAUGAAGGUACCCUACAUUUGUGUAAAUAUUAAGAAGUUACUGGGAAAACUACGUUUUCCUAUAACGAAAUAAUUUUUAAGAAGAAAUUGUCGAUUUUCAUUUGUUUAUUCGUGGAAAAAGAGAUAAUUAACAUAUGACAAGUACUGGAUAAAUAAAAGAAACGACAUGAAGGAUGCUAUAGCAAAUAAGGCUAAUGUUUAAAGGCAAAAAAUGUGAUAAUUUCUUAGAAAAUCAAAACCUUUUCUAUAGCACGGGUUCUUAUUUCGACUAACAUAGGACCUGGUUUUCCUGGCAGACGGCUGAGAUGUAUCAAGAUGUUAGAGCUAAGAAAGAGGUUUAUAAUGAUAAGUGGGACAAUGAGCCAUUUAGUAAUAUUUUAGAAAUCGUUAUUUUGAAGUUGGAAGUAAACGAGAUGAGAUUAGCAUGGGCAGGGUCAUUCGGAGAUUGGGGGGGGGGAGUAUUGUUUGCAUUCUAUGAAGUUAAAGUAUUGUAAAAAUGAAUGCAUAGACAUAACGAAUUUUAACUUAUUGGUCGAAAGUGUCUGCCAUUGAAAGAAAGCAGCGGAUUUCUUCGUAAGUCCCAAAGGAAUAAACGGGGGGGGGGGGUUUAUUCUUACCUGCAGAAUAGACCCUUAAAAAGGCUGGAGUGACUCCAGAGAAUGUUCGUCUAUUAUGAGAUUUCUUUAAUAGCUCACGACACUCUUCGAAUCUCUGGAGACAAGAAACGACCGUGGUUGCUCUCUGAAAAGCGAUUUGGUGUAAAUUGGCCAAGGCAGAGAUGUGUCUACAAACUACUGUAUUGCGAUCAGCAAAACAGAUGUCCUAAAUUUUCGAAAGGGAAUCAAGUAUACUAGGUUUGACAACAUGCCUAGGUUUGUUGAUGUCAGUUCCUGCAAAAAUGCAAAGCAAGCAGAGAAGCUUAAAAGGGAUUUGGAGUUGGUUGAAGAGAAGAGGCUUUGCCUGUUACAAAGUAUCGCAGAAUUACGAGGUGAACUCCACAGAAAAAAUAUUUUGCUCGAUGGGCUUUUGACGGAAAAUACAAAAGUGAAAAGAUUGUUGAAAGAAUUAGAUAUUAUAACAUCGAGAGGAAAGGAAGAAGUCAGAGAACAGAUUAUCUUUAAUAAGAAUGAAAAGCAGUCUUCAAUUGAACAGGGCCUAGAGAUCGAUCUGGAAAUCGACCAAUUAGAGACGAAGUUGUACCUUAUAGAGAAUUCGCAGAAAACUGAAAGUCACAAUGUUGAAUUGAAGCCAGGAACUAUUUCCAGUCGCCAUUCAAAACUGUCUCUUGACGAUGGCAAAACAAGAGAAUUUUACAGAACAUUUCGACGUUAUAGCAAAAACUAAGUAGCAUAGAAAGUUUCUUUGAACAAAUGGAUAUGCGAUUGAUUACAAUUUUGAAAAUCUUGAUUUGAUUGUUGUGAAAACAAAAAAGAUUUCGUAUUACCUAUGUGCAGUUCUACAGUUUUACCUCUGCAUCAGUAUCAUUUUCCUCUUAUUGUUAUUUUCAGGCUCGCACUUUCAUGUGUAUUAAUAUUACAGUAAGCCUAAGAUUUGCAGUAUUUUACAGACUUUUGAUACAUCACUAGAAAGACUGUUCUAACGGUUACACAAUUUUAGGGACUCUUUUUAUUUAGCGAGCUGUUGAACUGAAAUUUUCAUUCGCUAUUUUGGUUUGACGUCGACAGUGAGUUAUUUUGGCUCGAAUCUUUUUCGCGUUGUCAUGGCGACAGCAUUCCCGCUAAAAAUGACCUGGGAACGACAAUUUGAACUUCUAAAAAAGUUGGUGAAUUGGAAUGGAUCCUAAGCAUUUUAUUUGGAGGGAAAACCUUGAUGUUAGAAAGGAAGCCUUUUUGUGUACAGUUACUAUGCGAUUCAAUAUGCUUUCCAUGGUAUUUUAGGGGAAAUAUCUCGAUGAAGGUGGAAUGUCAUGACUGACACAAAGCAUAUCGUUGGCCUAUUGUCGUCGCUCAAAUUUAACAAUCGUGUUUGUUAUCCUGGUAAAUAGUUGCUGGAAGAAUUGAAUUGAUACAGAGAGUCUCAAAGUCUAGAAAGUUUUCAUCGGAAAAGACCUUAUUUACAUCUCACUUUGUCGAUUAGGCCACUUAUGAAAUCUGGCCAUAAACCAGCUCACUGUUUGCCAGAUGCCCUCUUUUGAUAACUGUGGGCGUUUACGUAUGCAACGAUUAAAAUCAGCAGGUCAAAGUUUUUGUAAGGAAGAGUCUAUUUGCUUCUGUAAUGAUAUUCAUGUCCAAAGUAAGUUUUCGAGCACUUGAAUCGUGAUUUUAGAUUAUAUCAAAUUUGGGAGAGUAAGUAUCAACCAAACUUUGCCCGUACAGACAGUUAAGGACGACUUUGAGGACAUUGAUGACAGUAGGUUCCAGUGUGGUGGGGAAAUUUUGAAUCGAUUCCUAUCUCAAAGUCGAGGUGAAAGAUCUGUUUGAAGUUUUUUCGCAUAAAUAUGGGAUGUAGUGCUAGUCAGAAUCUGGAUGACAUUGAAAACUUGCAAGUGAAACGAAAGAACACCGUAAUUCUCAAACCUAAAGCAUCAAUCGUAGUUGGUGAGGGCAUUGGACAAAAUAUCUCUGAUAAUGGCCUGAGAAUAGUUUUUAUCUUUGGUGGCCCUGGAUGUGGGAAAGGCUGCAUAGUCCAUAACUUGGUGAACGAAUUCAAUUUCAAAUUUAUCAGUGCAGAGCUUUUUAUUCUUCGUAGUAUUGCUGAGAGAUUUGAUGCUGAAGAUGCGUCGACAGCUGAUAUUCAGAGACUCAUCAAAGACAAUGCCAGCAUACUUACUCUUGAGUGGGUUUUGUCCAUCCUGCAGGAGGAGAUCAGUCGAUCCGACGACCGUCCGGUUUUGAUUGAUGUUAUACCAAACCUGAAAUCCCUAACCAACAAGGGAUCUUUCAUAAGGGACUGUGAUGCCGAGAUGAGUGUCUUUGAACUCGAGUUUCCAGUGUCAUUUGCAAUCAAUCUUUCUGUGAAAAAGGACCAACUUAUAAACAAAACGCACAAAAGUCACGUGGCAGUCAAAGCACAAAAGGAAGACAACAAGGGAUCUGGGCUUAGUGACGAAGUCGACACCAGCAGAACAUACAGGAGGUUUCAAAAGUACGAAGAGACAGUACAUGAUUUCAUCGAAUAUUUUCAAAAGUCAGACCGACUUUUGACAGUGGAUACCUCCAGUGGUCGUAAUGAUGUCGUAUGGGAUUCUAUCAAAGGCUACAUUCUUGACAGUGAAUUUGUGCCAAGGCAGAAUUCUUCAGAUAUAGUGAUCUUAUUCUGUUUUGCCCAACAGGAUGUUGACAAUGUCGACAAAAGCAGACACCCAAUGACAGACAUAGAUAUAUCUGAACUUGUAGAAAAUUCACAAGAAAGGAAUUUGCUGAACAUCCUGAUUGAGCUUGAGAAAUACUUGUCCAUGCAGAACUCAGAUGAAAAACAUUUCAUUAUCAAUCUUCAAGGAAUCGAUACAAGUGCCGAGGAAUUUUCAAAGAUUUCAAAGAAAUCCCUAAUGUUUGAAGAAGUCUCCUUCGGUCAGUUAGACUACUUCAUUCAUAAAGUCCGCAGAAAAUCGAAAAGGAGAAUAUCUUCAUCUAGACGAGGUCAGCAAGUUUAUAAAGCCAUAUGCUCUACUAAAAAUGAGACCCUUUUAUUCCCUCAGCACAUUAAGUCAGAGCUUUGCCACCAAAUUGCAAUGUUUUUAAUAGAAUCAAGGCAGAAACCAAAACCAAACGAUGGUUUAUAGACGUGUAUGUUCGCUCAGUCUGUAUUGCUUCUUUGAGCUUGCCAGUUAACAUGGCAAAACGUACUUCUCGAUCGUGCAUUCCUUUUUAUCAACGACUGAAUGGCGAUAGCAUAACAAAUGGAAUAUGCAUAGAAAUAAAUGUUGCAGUUCUGUUUUCUAAAAGUACCCUGGAAGCAUGGCUUUUUUAUAAAGUGCAUGGAUUCGCGGGAUCCCAAUACGACAGAGCAGGUUGCAGUUCUUGGAAGAGAGUUUGUUUAGUCAUCGGUUCUUGCAAGGGCUUCACUCCAAAAAGCUGAUGCAAAUAACCGCCUUAAGGUCUUGGAUAGAAGAUUUGCAUAAUGCCAGAUGAUGUAUGUGAUGCCUAGCAAUGCUUCUGUAGCUGAUGCUUGAAUUUUAGUAGCAUUUUGGCUUGGUUGAGUUGCGUUGUUAUAUGCUGGACGGACUGAAUUGGAUUUUAUGCGUAUUUUAUAAGUUGUUAUUCAGCUGCUUUUUGCUUAGAGUAAAGGUUUUCAAAUCCUUCAAAGAGCCUGGAAGCCUUCCGUCGUCCUUCAAAGCAAGUUUUCUGCCCUAAGUCCAGGAUACUGUUGAUACUCAGCAGUUGCAAUGGGCAAAGGCAGAGCUGUAUGUUGCGUGCUACAAUUUAGUUCAGUUCGGUUUUACAGAAGGAAACCAAGCAUAAUGCAAAGUGGACAUGGCAAUCUUCCUUCAAUGUUGUAGAGAUGUUUCAUCUAGCUGGCUGUCCAGCACAAGGCGAAGAUAGGCAAAGUCUUCUGAUGUGACUAAAAGAGAAGUUUACUAGAAUCAUGAAUUUUCGUACCCCAAUGAACUUUGUUACUUUUAUGAGAAAGUAGGAGAUGUUAAAUAAGAACAAACCAUUUGCUUUUUUACCUUUCUGAUUUUUUAAUGCCAUCAAGACUGUGAAGGUGAAAUCUUGAUCACAAAUUUUUAUUGAUAUUCAAGUAAUCCGCAAACAUAAAUAAAUCUUUGUAUGUAAUCGAUGCUUGAAAAUAUUACUUUUGUCAUGUCAUUAGGGUCUGUAUGCUACAUCUGCAUGUGGGGAUUUUAAUUUAUGCCAAAUGUCUCCACUUGACACGUGAUAUUGUGACCAAUCUUUGGUCAAUCGUCUUGUAUGGAGAACUGAUCACAUGCCUUUCAAUCACAUGGACAACGAUAUUGUGGCCCAUCAUUUGUCAACUAUCUUAUAUGGAGACAUGAUCACAUGCUUUUUAGAGCAGACAAACCAUGGAAUAUCGAUAUUUUAUCACAUUUUUUAUGCAUCACAUGACACAUGAACACCUAGUAAUACAGUAUUUGACCCCAUUUUGAAGGACACAUCACGAGAAGGCCAGUAGCGGUCGCCCCCCCCAAUAUUUCGGAGAACAAUGGUUUUUUUGUUCUAAAACAAUGAGAAGAUGUGACGUCAUCGUAUCAAAACAAUAGGCCUCCCCCUCCCUCAAUAUUUGACAAAGUGUCCACCCCUGGAGAAGUAGCCUGAGCCUCAGACUCCAAGUACUUUUAGUUUUGGGGUCUGGAACUCAGGCUACUGGAGAAGGCGCUUCGAGCGAAGCUGCCUUAAUAUUAACAGCUUUUCUAAACUACUCUUUCAUAAUUUUCCAUAAACUUUUUUAACAUUCACGAACACCAGGUAAUGUAAAGUGGAUAGAAUUUCAUAGAAACUUAAAGUGGGCAGAACCUAAUUGCGGAAUCUUGCUGCAAGAUUUGUUUUGUAUUCACACCCUCUAUCGCGUUUGUCCAUUUUUAGACAACCAUCUAUAAACAGUAGCGUAGCCAGGGUGGUAAGAUUGGGGGGAGCAAAGGCGAGCUGAGCAAGGGAAAUAUGGGGGUCAACACCCUUUGGAACGCCAAAAUACGCUUUUUCUCAAAGAGAUUAUGCCAAUUAGGGGGGGGGGGCGUCCGCCUCAUCUUGCCUCCUCGCUACGCAACUGUCUGUGAACUGUAUGGUUAAAUCUGGCUUUUAAAGCCUCAAUUGAACCAGGGUAUAAAUUAGGAUUUAAUUUCACGCUUAAUGCGCUCAUCAGUGAGCUGUGCAGCUCUGUCCAUACGGCAUCGAGCCCUUAAGGACUUACCGGUAAACAAUGAUUUUCAUUAUAUUGAUUUAAAAAGUGAUUGAAAAUAGAAUUACAGCUUUAUUGAAGAUUAUGAUUUCAAAUCACCAAAUAUGAUUUUAAUUUGUA